GUGUGAAAAAAUGUAAGCAGGCUUUCGCUCGCCCCUCCUCCCCAAAUAGAGAGAGAGAAAGAGAGAAAGAAAGAGAGAUUCCCAUCAGCCUCAUCAUCUACACAAACUCUCCUGCUUCUGUCAGUGCAUGUGGAUACGUGGUAUUUACUAAUAUCACAGAAAAUGGAAGCCAUCUGUUUGUUUCUCUUGAAAGCAAUGUCAUGCUAGCAUCAUCUCAAAAGCCAAGAAAAAACUGAACGAUCACACAAACCACUUCACAUGCCAAAUCCCAGCCGGCCAUGGCGAAAGGAUAUUACCUCAGCAAAAAUCUGGCCACUGCAGCCAUGAUAUUGGCCGCAAUAGCCUUGCUCACCAUCAUUGCCUUAUCCAUCGCUUACAAUCGAGAAAAGUCCAGAAAUGCAGCUAAAUUCAUGAACGAUACCACACCGGCACUACCUCCCACACCGAAGACUUCAAAUGAACCAUGGGACAAAUACAGACUGCCUGAUACAUUGUCUCCACAGUCUUACAAUGUGACACUUUGGCCCCGUUUGGUAACGGACACCAGUGGGAUGUAUAUUUUUACUGGGAACUCCAAAGUGAUCUUUAUUUGUCUGAAACAGACAGACUUGAUUUUAAUUCACUCCGAUAAACUUAACUUGACUCUGAUCGAGGGUCAUCAUGCAAAGCUAACAGGAUUGGGAGGUGUAACAGCUCCUGCAAUAAAAACAACAUGGUUUCAGAAACAAACACAUUAUUUGGUGAUUCAGCUGGAUGGGAAUUUAAAGCCCGGGAAGUCUUACCAGCUCUAUACGGACUUCAGGGGAGAACUUGCCGAUGAUCUGGAAGGUUUCUACAGAAGUGCAUAUAUGGAAGACGGCACAAAAAAAAUUAUUGCCAUUACUCAGAUGCAGGCCACAUAUGCUAGAAAAGCUUUUCCGUGUUUUGAUGAACCUGCCAUGAAGGCUGUGUUUUAUAUCACUCUCAUUCACGAUAGAGGAACUAUUGCACUGUCAAACAGCCAAGAAAUGAAAAUAGAAAAUCUGAAUAUGAAUGGAAUUGAAGUUACCAGGACGAUUUUCGAACCCACGAAAAGGAUGUCAACGUAUCUUGUCGCAUUUGUCGUCAGCGAUUUUACGUACAUCAACGCUAAAGACAACAAGGGUGUUUUGGUUAGAAUAUGGGCACGGAAAAAAGCCAUUGAAGAGGGACAAGGGAACUACGCCCUUACCAUCACACAGCCAAUACUGGAGUUCUUUGAGAAGUAUUACAACACCAGCUAUCCACUAUCCAAAUCAGACCAGAUUGCUUUGCCUGACUUUAAUGCUGGAGCUAUGGAAAACUGGGGUCUGGUGACUUACCGAGAGACGGCUCUUCUCUAUGAUGCCCAUACGUCUUCCAAUGGCAACAAACAGAGGAUUGUGACUGUGGUUUCCCAUGAACUGGCUCACAUGUGGUUCGGAAAUCUCGUGACACUGAAAUGGUGGAACGAUCUCUGGUUGAACGAAGGGUUCGCGUCGUAUGUGGAAUAUCUGGGCGCUGACCACGCAGAGCCGACCUGGAACAUUAAAGACCAGAUCAUUCUGUAUGACCUACAAAGAGCAUUUGCCGUGGACAGCCUGACCUCCUCUCAUCCCCUAUCACGAAAGGAGGAAGAAGUCAACACACCUGCAGAAAUUAGUGAAAUGUUCAACACCAUAUCCUACAGCAAGGGAGCUGCCGUUCUUCGAAUGCUCUCAGAGUUCCUGACAGAGCCUGUGUUUGCCAAGGGACUUAGUAAUUACCUGAAGCAGUUUGCUUUUGGAAGCUCUGUGCAUUCAGAUCUUUGGGACCAUCUUCAAAAGGCGGUUGACCAAACUCCAGGGUUGAAACUACCACGUAAUGUUCAUGACAUCAUGAACCGCUGGAUACUGCAGAUGGGUUUCCCUGUUGUCACCAUUGAUACUCGAACAGGCAACAUCAGCCAAAAACACUUUCUUCUGGAGUCCCAGGCAGUGGUGGAUCGCAAAUCUGAAUUCAAUUAUGAAUGGUUUGUGCCAAUCAAAUGGAUGAAGCAAGGUCAAGUGCAGGAUCAAGUGUGGCUUCUACAGAAAUCAGCCAUACACAAACCCAUGAAAGUCAGCCAAAACGAGUGGGUUCUGGCCAACCUUCACGUAUCCGGAUAUUUCCGAGUGAAUUAUGACCCUGAGAACUGGGAGCGACUUCUCAGCCAGCUUGAGUCAAACCAUCAGGCAAUACCGGUGGUAAACAGAGCUCAGCUUUUGGAUGACGCAUUUAAUCUAGCAAGAGCAUCCAUUAUAAACAUAACAUUCGCCCUGAGAACAACAAAAUAUCUCAUGCAUGAGCAGGAAUAUAUUCCAUGGGAGGCGGCUGUGAGGAAUCUCAACUAUUUUUUCCGCCUGUUUGAUCGUAGUGAAGUUUACGGUGCCAUGCAGGCAUAUCUCCAGAAACAAGUCAGACCUCUGUUUAAAUAUUUCGCGACUAUCACCUCGAACUGGACGACGGUACCAUCCGGCCACACUGAACAGUUUACACAGAUCAUUGCGUUGUCUUUAGCCUGUAGUACAGGUGUGGAGGGUUGUAGAGAUCUUACAAAGAGCUGGUUCAAAGGAUGGAUGCAAAACCCACAUACAAACAUGAUUCAUCCUAAUCUGAGGUCCACAGUGUACUGUAAUGCCAUCGCUGUGGGCGGAGCCGAUGAGUGGAACUUCGCCUGGAAGAUGUUACAAAAUGCCACAGUUGCAGCUGAAGCUGUUAAACUGAGAUCCGCUCUGGCCUGCAGCAAAGUACCCUGGUUACUGAACAGGUAUCUGGAAUACACUAUGAACCCCGAAAAGAUUCGCAAGCAAGAUGCGACUUCCAUCAUAGGAUACAUUGCCAGUAACGUUAUUGGCCAACCCUUAGCAUGGGACUUUGUCCAAGCGAACUGGGACUAUUUCUUCAAAGUGUACGGAACUGGAUCUUUCACUUUAUCCAGAAUGAUCAGUGACAUCACUAACAGAUUCUCCACACCGUUUGAGCUCAGUCAGCUGAAACGUUUCCAGAAGGACAACGCUGAGACUGGAUUUGGCUCGGGAACUCAAGCACUUCAACAGGCCAUUGAGAAGACGACAGCCAAUAUUAAGUGGCUAGAGGAGAACAAGCAAGCGGUGCUAAAGUGGUUCAUCUCUGAAUCUGCGUAAAUCGGUGAAACACGAAAAGAGAUGGAGAAUCUUCUCAUGCUGACGUCAGGAAACGAUCCUGUAACUUGAGGGAAUAACCAAUGGAUGCAAUGUAUCAGAUAUUUUUUAUUCAAGGCAACUGGAGACAUGCCUAUCAUAAGGACAAUCCUCCUGGAGUAACCUGAGGUUAAGAUGUCUUUCCCAGGGGCACAAUGGUGGUCGUUCAUGAUCCACACUUUAUGGGUAACAUUUUGGCUACCAGUGCAGAUAUAUUUAACCACUAGGCCACAUCACCUUCAUACAAAUGAGGAAUUUAUAUACCAGAGAGUUACUGACAAUGGAUCUCCUCAGUGUUUAAAGAACAGUGAUCCGAUUUCAGAAUUGUAUGAAUUUGUGCGUAAUUAUGGUCUUAUCUUGAUGUUUUUACAUUUCAUUUGUUUAUAUGCCACUGUGAUAUAGGACAUAUAAAAUUAACACACAUUUUGAAAUGUGUUUUGAUACAUAUUCUUUAUACAACUGUGUUUUGUUGUUUCUCCUAAAUAAAUGUGCAAAUUUUAUAAACUUCUAGAUCAUAAUCAGUUCUGAAGUAUAUUAGGCAUAUGGUCAAUCAUAAAAUACGACCAAAUAUUCAGAUGAUGGGAACUACCUGUUAUAAGAUGUGUGCAAAUAAACGAGGAGGACGACAGCUAGCAAUUAACAUAUACGAUAAACAAGAUGAUCAUUUGAAAACUAUAAUCAGAGAUGGUGGAUGACGGGGUGCAAAGGAUUAUGGGAAAUGCAGUCCGGUGAGUGAGGGCAGACGACCGGAAAUACGUUACAGUACUUUCCCCUAUCGGCAUGCCCGGAUUGGCCAUAGGGAGGACCCGGAGAAUUCCCGGUGGGCCAGUCUGUUUUUUUGGCCAUGAGGGCCGGGUUUUAUCAUGCCACCGGGUUGAAGGUUGCGGUCCCUAUAGACGGGUUGCGGGUUUACAAACAUUACAGGGUGCGCGUGCAUCCAGGAGGCAGAAAGCCUGAUUGGUGAGCUGGUCCGCUACUGCAACAACCUUAAUUAUUGAAGCGUUCUUUAUUGUUUGUAUAUAAAUAAAACUUGAUUUUUGUUGGA